UCCACUUCCUGGAGAAGGUCGCAACAACCAUCUGUUUGCUUCCUGGACGUUCCGGGGUCCACACAUCGGAACUCGUCCCAGACUCGACUCCUCUGCUUCCCGACACUUUCCCCCCCGAGAAAUGGCGUCUGCUCCUCCCAACCACAGAGCGCACAGCGGGACGUACACGUUCUCCAGCCGCCCCCGAGCCGUGGAGACCCGCAGGAAAUACAAGGAAGCUCCGGAUGAACAGACACACAGCUACUAUGGAAACAUUAUGUAUGACCGUCGUAUUAUCCGAGGAAAUACUUAUGCUCAACAAAUCAUACCAACCACAGCUCAGCCGGACCCUGCUGAAAUACAAAGACAGCAGGAGAUCAAGCGGAAAGCCAUCGCUAUAAAACGAGCUCAAGAGCAGAGCAGGGCCAAGACUCCUGAAGCUCUGCAGGGCAGAAAACACAUUGAUGUACAAACAGAUCUUUAUCUUGAAGAACUGAGUAAUGUUACAGUGGCCACAGAUAUCGAGUGUCAGACGGAUGCUUUCCUGGACAGACCAGCGUCCCCACUCUUCAUCCCGGCCAAAUCCGGAGAAGAUGUUGCAACACAGAUAGAGGAGGGAGAGCUGUUUGACUUUGACAGGGAGGUGCAGCCCGUGCUGGAGGUGCUGGUGGGAAAGACAAUCGAGCAGUCUCUGCUGGAGGUGAUGGAGGAGGAGGAGCUGGCCUGUCUCAUGGCCCAGCAGAGGGCCUUCCAUGAGCUGAGGAAUAUCCACCUGGCAGAAGUGCAGCGCCUUCAGGAGAAGGAGAGACGCCACAGUGAGGAAAAGGAGCGUCGGAUUGCUCAGCAGAAGGAGGUGCUGCAGAAAGAAAGAGAGACUGCAGAGAAGAUUGCUGCCCGGGCGUACACCAAGCAGUACCUGGCUGACCUUCUACCUGCAGCCUUCACCUCGCUCAGAACUCACGGAUUCUUUAACGACCCAGUGGAGACCGAUAUUGAAACAAAUUUCCUACCCUGGCUGAUGGAUGAGGUGAACAGAAAAUUGGAAAGGAGAUACGCAGCUAGAGAGCUUCUGGACAAUAUCAUCCAUGAUGCCGCUCAGAAGAGACUGGAGCAGUUCAAGGAGCCGGAGACAUAAACAGACAAAUCUGAUGUAUCACAUGGAGAGACUCUGUUAUCAUUCAAUGACAUGAAGACUUUUUUGUCAAUCAAAAAGACCUAUGAGGACUUCUUUAUUACUUUGCAAUGUAACAAUGUGCAACAUGUCUCAAGUGGAGACUCUCGCUGCAUUACAAUCUGUACAUUCCGGUAUUUCAGUUUGUAUAUUCAUGUAGCCUGUCGUGCAUUUCUGUAUCUUAUUCAAUAUCUGGUCUUUUUCUGCAGAUAUGCAAAUCUGAUUUCUUGAAUGUUUUGUUAGUUUCUAUUUAUCUGCAAAAUUAGCAGAAAAUGUCUUUCCUUCACUUGUCUUCAGUCCAGCAGCUUUGGGUCCGCGGUAUAUAUUAAAAAGAAGAAGUUGCGUUUC